CUCAUGAGUGAAGCAGGCCGAGAAGUUUCAGGUCAGAAACACACGGGAUUUGUCCGGAUCCUGGAUGUUGCUUAUUUAAUUACAGGUACAAGGCUUUAUCGGUACAUGAUCCGCGCAGGAGCUCGUUUGGAGACUCUCAGCGGCUGUUUUAGGGAGUUUUGAACAGGCGGAGCGGCGGCUGCUUGAAAAUGCCUCUGUUUCCAUGGAGUUUGUGUGUGUGUGCGGCGCUGUGUGUCCUGCCGACUGUGCGAGCGGAUGCUGAAGAUGUGUCUCUGCUGGGCGGCUGGCAGGACGUGUGGCUCUUCCGCUUGUUCCUCAAUGUUCUGGGAUACGCCACCAUCAUCAUCCCUGGAUAUUUCCUAAUCAGCUACUUCAAACGAGUCAAUUAUCUAGAAACCGGCCGUGGGCUUUGUUUUCCUCUCAUAAAGACGUGUGUGUUUGGGAAUGAAUCUAAAACUGGACUGCUGGAUGAUGUUUCAACGGCGGCCAGAAACGAGUCUGAAUCCAGUUCAUCAGCUCGACAGGCCGUCAGACUGAUCUUCUGUGCUGCUGGACUCCAGGCGUCAUACCUGACGUGGGGCGUUCUUCAGGAGCGAGUGAUGACGCGCUCAUAUGGCGCCACAGAGGCUGAAGGCAGCGGCGAGCGCUUCAAAGAUUCCCAGUUUCUAGUGUUCAUGAACCGAAUCCUGGCCUUGACGGUGUCUGGCCUGUGGUGUGUCCUGUUCAAACAGCCCCGCCACGGGGUGCCCAUGUACAAGUACUCCUUCGCUUCGCUUUCCAACAUCCUCAGCAGCUGGUGCCAGUACGAGGCGCUCAAAUACAUCAGCUUUCCCACACAGGUGUUGGCCAAGGCCUCUAAGGUGAUUCCUGUGAUGCUGAUGGGCAAGAUCGUCUCGCACAAGAGCUACGAGUACUGGGAAUACUUCACGGCGGCGCUGAUCUCAGUGGGCGUUAGCAUGUUCCUGCUCUCCAGCUCCACCGGCAAACACCUGUCCACCGUCACCACCUUCUCCGGCGUCAUCAUCCUCGCAGGAUACAUCGUGUUCGACAGCUUCACCUCCAACUGGCAGGACAACCUCUUCAAACACAAGAUGUCGUCGGUGCAGAUGAUGUUCGGCGUGAAUCUGUUCUCCUGCCUCUUCACGGUCGGCUCUCUGCUGGAACAGGGCGCCUUCUUCGACUCGCUCGCGUUCAUGUCGCGUCACUCCGAGUUCGCUUUCCACGCCGUCUUGCUCUCCGUGUGCUCCGCGUGUGGCCAGCUUUUUAUUUUCUACACCAUUGCGCAAUUCGGCGCCGCCAUCUUCACCAUCAUCAUGACUCUGCGACAGGCUUUCGCGAUCCUCCUGUCUUGCUUUCUUUACGGUCACGCCGUCACUAUAGUUGGCGGCUUCGGCAUGGCUGUCGUCUUCCUCGCGCUUUUCCUCCGCGUUUACGCUCGCAGUCGCAUGAAGAAGAGCAGCAAACGGGCGACGCCGACGCCUGUUCAGAAGGUCUAGCCGUUCGGAUGUGUACAGAUGCCACAUUUUCGUGGUAUAACUCGUCUUUAUUGUUUGCUGCAAAACUGUGGGUUUGUAUUUUGUAUGGUCAAAAGGUACAGAAAGGGAUUACGCUGCAUUUCAAAGGGAGUUUUGGCUCGGCACGUCACGCGUGUGUUUUUGU